UCCUGACUAAGGAUCAAGGUUCAGUCACAUGGGCUAGCACAGGCAGUCACAUGAUAGCAAAAACAUGGCAGCUUCCUUGCAACCGGAUGAUUUACCAGAGCCAGCAAAAGCUAACCCAUCAGAUCUAAGGAGCAUUCUAGUGACCAGUGUCUUGAACUUGGAGCCCCUGGAUAAAGAUCUUUUUAGAGGUUCCCAUCACUGGGUGCCACUGACUCAAAGGCUGUUUGGGGGUCAGAUAGUGGGUCAGGCUCUGGUAGCAGCAGCGAGCUCUGUCAGCGAGGAUGUCAACGUUCACUCUUUGCAUUGUUACUUUGUGCGUGCAGGGGACCCCAAGAUUCCAGUGCUGUACCAGGUGGAGAGGACUCGAGACGGACGCAGCUUUAGUGUGCGCUCUGUCAAGGCAAUUCAGCAUGGGGUGCCUAUUCUGACAUGCCAGGCCUCCUUCCAUCAAUUCCAGGAGAGCCCCAUCCAGCACCAGUUCAGCAUACCUACUGUACCUCCACCAGAGGAACUCCUGACCCGGGAAGAACUUAUUCAAAAGUACUUACGUGACCCCUCACUGGUGGAGAAACACAGAAUGGGUCUGAACAAACUCCUUGCACAAGAGGUCCCUAUUGAGAUUAAACCUAUCAAUCCUCCUGACAUGUUCCAUCGGAUCCCGCAGGAACCUCGCCAGAUGUUCUGGGUGCGAGCCCAAGGAGUCAUUGGCCCUGGAGAUAUGCGGCUGCACUGCUGUGUAGCUGCAUAUAUCUCAGACUACUCCUUUCUUGGCACAGCUUUGCUUCCCUAUCUGCAGUACCGCAUGCAAUUUAUGGCAUCUCUUGACCACUCCAUGUGGUUCCACUCACCCUUCAGGGCUGAUGAAUGGAUGCUCUAUGAGUGCGAGAGCCACUGGGCUGGGAACAGUCGUGGGCUUGUUCAAGGUCGUCUGUGGCGCAGAGACGGUGUUCUGGCUGUCACAUGCGCCCAGGAAGGAGUUUUCCGUGUGCGGAAAGAUCAAUCACAAAGCAAGUUGUAAGCACAAAAUCCACUGUACUUUUGACAGAAACAAAAUCAAGUUUCCUGGAGAUCCCCCACGUCUGUUCUGGCACUAAACAUUAAUUAACUGACUUGUAAAUAAUUUAUGCUAAUUGUAUGAACUGUAAAAUAAAUAAAUGAUUAUUUCUAACAGA